UAUGGCACUAAUGUGUCGCCAUACAAGACCGGUUUACCUGCGUUUCAAAGCGAAACUUUGAAAGUGAAACAAAAGCGAGGUAACGAGUGAAUGGCACGACUCCUACCUGUGUGACCAGACGGUUAGGAUUCACUCUGUGACUACAAUGGCGGACGCAUCCUCCCAAAUUAACGAUCUGUCCUGUUCUGUUUGCUGUGACAUAUUUAAAGACCCUGUUCUCCUAUCGUGUAGUCACAGUUUCUGCAAGGGUUGUCUGCAGAGUUGGUGGACGCAAAACCAGGAACAGCAGUGUCCACUUUGCAAGAGGAGAUCUUCAAGGACCGACCCACCCAGGAACAUCGCUCUGAAGAACCUGUCGGAGGCCUUCCAGCGGGAGAACGCGGAUCUCUGCCCUCUGCACGGUGAGAAACUCAAGCUCUUCUGUCGAGAUGACCUGGAGACGGCGUGUAUCAUCUGUCGACAUUCUGAAAAACACGCCAACCACAGAUUCCUUCCUGUGGAUGAAGCUGCCACGAUCCACAGGGAAGAAAUUAAGAAAUUACUAAAACCCCAGAAGGAGAAUUUAGAGCUCUCCGUGGAGACCAAUAGAAAGUGUGAGAACAUAGCAGCGGAAAUUAUUUUCCAGACCGCGUACACCGAGAGACAGAUUCAAAAGGAGUUUGAGAAGUUUCACCAGCUUCUCCAAGAUGAAGAGAGGUCCAGGAUCACUGCGCUGAGAGGCGAAAAUAAGUUGAAAGGUAAGAAGAUAAAGAAGGAGAUUGAGGAGUUGUCGAAGCAGAUAGAAACCAUUUCGCACACAGUCACCGAGACGGAGCAGCAGCUGGGGGCUGGAGACAUUUCCUUCCUGAAGAAGUUCAAGGCUACAAGAGAGAAAGUAGCUCAGCCCCCACCCUUGUCGGCUCUACCCAAGGGAGCGCAGCUGGACGUGGACAAACACCUGGGCAACCUGGCCUACGCAGUCUGGAAGAAGCUGGAGGAGAACGUCUCCUACUCUCCUGUGAUCCUGGACCCCAACACCGCCGGCCCCGAUCUCCACCUGUCUGAGGACCUGACCAGCGUGAGACGUGGAGCGAGACAGCAGCUCCCUGAGAACAAACAGAGGCAGAAGUAUGGCGUGCUGAGAUCUAGGUCCCUUGAAUCAGUAGCCCACACCAGGGAUGGAGGCCUGAGAUGGCCAGAGAGACAACAGGGAAUUGUUGUCUCUAGGAACCCAUGGAGGUCGAAGUCCCCUGGACAGGGAACUGUUGUCUCUAGGAACCCAUGGAGGUCGAAGUCCCCUGAUUCAUGGAUCUACCGGCAGAUACCUCCUUAGUUGGCCCAUUUAUUUAUGAGAUAGGGCGCCUACUCUUGGCUGUUAGACCUCUAAAAUGGUCAGAAAGACCAUUUACGUAUACAUGGUUUCCUAAUUAUGUAAGAUCAUGUUAUAUUUUGAAUAUAUACAAUUAUGGAUUAUUACUAAUUAAGUUGAACAAGGGUUAUAUGCUGUGCAAAUGUAUUGCUAACUAAGUUUAACAGGGUUAUAUGCUGUGUAAAUGUAUUACUAUUUCAAUUGAACAGGAUUACGUGUUGUGUAAAUGUGUGACAUAAUCAUAAUAAAUCGAAUAGGGUGAUUGCUGGGGGAGCUUCAGAGGUAAUUGGCAGGCCUGAUUGUCAUUUUGAUUUACAAUUCAAUAAAGUUUGAUUUUAAGAUUUUUUUUCGCUAUUUGGUUUUGUUAACAGGACUGAGAGAAUAAUAAAAAAAAGAGUUAAACGGGGGU